AUAUAAUUGUUGUAAGCGUAAUUUCAGUAUUUCACGAUUGCUAAAAUCAGUGGCUUAUCAGUGGCAGUUUAUACUGUGAUUUUAGUCAGCGACUUAUUUUACAUUUGACUGAUUUGACUUAAAUACGAAAAUCGCGACGAUGCAGUUUAUUUAUCGUGUUCUAGGUCACAAGUCGCAGACUAAACGGUGUCAACUAGGAAAGUAAUUAAUUUCUGCAGUCUAGACGUUUUCUUGCUGAUAUAUAAUUGUUGUGCAAAGUUGACCAGCAAUUUUAAUCGGGUGAUCAAAAUAUGGCUCAUCCAAUUUUGCCUAAUGAUCCUAAAGCAGAAGAAAUCACUGAGGGAAAGAAUGAACCUACAUUUAAGUUGGACGAACCUGUUACUACGGUUCUAAAUGUAAAUCCACUGACUAACGAUGAGGAAGACAGCCUUUCUUUUGUAGUGCUUGGUCGAGAUUCAGUAGAGGCUCAAGCUUCCUUAUUAGCUUCGUAUACCGAUCUUCAACAGAAGAGCAUGUCAAUUGAUUAUAAGUCAAUGGUGUCAUCAAUGACCGUAACUGCAAUGCAACACAGAUUAGCAGAAGUGUUGCAAGAAAAUGUGAAAUUGAAGGAAACUUUAAGACAGAACAAUGAAUCCAUGAAACAACAGUUUAAUACUCUGGCAAUGUGGCAGGAGGAAGUGACAGAAGUUCAUCUGAGUCACAAGCAAAAAUUUGCAGAAACUAAAGAACUUAUCAAUCAUCUGAAAAAGGAAAAUGCAGAGCUAAAAUAUAAAUUCUUGCGCUUACAAUAUUUUGAAGAUGUGGACUGUAAGAUUAUUAGUUCUGUUUCUGAGACUUGUGUCAAUAUUCUUUCUAGCAAGCAAAAAGAAUCCUUUUUCUUAUCACCCAAGGAUAUACUCGAAAUUGUAUCUGUAAUGUCAAAAUUAACAAUUGAAGGUUGUAAAAAAUGUAUAACAUCUAUAAUAUCAGAGAAAUUUGAUGAUAAAGAGAAAUUACAACAAAAAUUGCAGCAAUUAGAAACGGAAAAAGAAUUAGAAUCGGCAAUGAUAGAGAACAAAAUAAAUUACAAACUUUACAGUGAUGUAGAGACCACAGAAAGUUCGAAAUGUUCGAAGGCAUACUCUGAAAAGGAUCAGGAAAUUGCUUGCUUAAAAGAAUCUAAUGCUCUACUUGAACAGAAGUUGCAAUGUAUUCUUACUCCUGUUAAACAAGAUUCAUUGGAAACGUCCAGUUUAAGUCAUCAAAAAUUCGUACAAAAUGUAAAGCAGUAUAAUGAUAUGCUACAAGAAUUAACUAAAUGUUUUGUAGAACAAGUAGGACGUUUUGCUGCCUUAGAAAAAAAUUUAAAGAAAAUUACGGAUAUACUUAGACUUGACGACAAUAAAAUGCAGUGUGAAGAGGAAUUAUACCAGUAUUACAAAGAAUUAACUGAUGAGCAAAUAAAAAUUAUUACUGAUAAGCAGACGCUAAUAAAAUCACAAAACCAAUUCCAAAUGAUAUUCUCUGAUUACAACUCUGUUCUAUAUGAAUUGCAAGUAAUGCUCGAUGAAAACGCGAAAUUAAACAUUUUAAAGGAUAAUAGUGCUCGCGAAAAUUUAGAAACAUCAGAGCAACUGGAACGUGACAAGCAAUCAUUGGAACAGGAAAAGAAAAUUUUCGAUCAAGAAAAGGACAAUCUAAAAAAUGAAAAAGAAUCCUUCGAAAGCCAGAAAAAGAGCUUGGACAUGGAACGUGUAUUAUUACAAGACGAGAAAAAACUUUUAGAGCAGGAAAAAAUCAGUUUAAAUGAAGAAAAAAUGUCACUUGAUCAUCAGAGUCAGUUAUAUGAAGACUGCGAAAGAGAUCUACACAAUGAAAAAAAAAUAUUGCAAGCUCAUAAUGAACAAUUGCUGAGUGAAACAUGUAGCUUGCGACAACAAAUUGACGAGAAAGAUGCGCAAUUUAAAAAGUUAAUAGAACAGUUUGCGCAAAGCACGGAAGAGAUACAUUUAUUAAGAUCACAAUUAUCACUUUACGAAGAAGACUUUCAACAAGAGAAAAAACUGAAAGAAGCAUUGUUGGAAGAAAAGAGUAAAUUGGACACGGAAUUGCUGAAGCAAAUAGAGUUUAACAAACAGUUACAAGAAUCUAACAGUGUUAAGUUAGGACACACAUUUGAAGAUCGAAGCAGUGACAAAUACAAUAGGCAUGCAAGAGGCGGCAACGCCACUGUACGAGAUAAGCGGACGAAUAAUCGAAAUUAUUUUCGCUUAUUUUCAAUGAAAUAGUGAAUAAUACAUAUUCAUUCAAAUAUUCAAAUUCCUUUCGGAAUUGGUAUACAUGCAGACAUAAAUAAGUUUUAUUUCUAUCGUACUGUAGUUUCUUCUCUGUAGUUCUGUAGUUGUAUGCAACGCUUUCGGUGUAUCGUAUAGUUGGCAUUGCUAAGUUGGUUGUUUUAAUCCUGGAUUAUUCUCUUUCGUUUACUU